UCAACAUCUCGUAAUAAGAGCAAAAAUUCAAUAUUAAAGCAUCUUUUAGGAAAUUCAAAUCUUUCAUUAUGUAAAUUAUUUGAUACUUUAGAAGAAAGAUAUCAAGAGGAAUAUGAUUAUUGCGAAUUUAUAAACUAG